AUGUUUAUCAGGAAAAUUAACUACCAAGGAAGCGUGAUGAGCCUGUGCUUUGCAGCAAGGGUCUCCAACCCCCUGGGACCAGGUGGCACAGCAGGAGUGACGCCCCCGCCCCCGACCCGUGAGCACCCCGUCUUCCACGUUCCGCCGCCUUUUCCAUGUGUCUGUGCUGGGACACGAGCAGGCGGGGAAAGUUCACGGCGCCUUCGAGUAGCGGCUUCGGGAGAGGCUGGAUGGAAGAGGAGGUGCACGGGGCUGGCUCCGUCCCGACGCCCACACCGGAGGAGGAAGGGGCCCCCGGCUUCCCCGCGGGCGGGUGUGUCCUCCCCUGGGCCUCGGAGCCAUCGUCCGAGCUGGCGCCUUCGGGCGGCGCCUCCCAGGGUGUCGUCCCCGGGGCUGCGCGGCGGCUCGCGCCCCUGGCCGCCCCGUCACCCCGGCUGCCCGUCUGUCCCGCAGUCUUCCGUGUGUGCGAAGAUCGUGCAGCUGCUGGGGCAGCACGAGGUGGACCACCGCCAGAAGCAGGUGGUCAUCCUGAGCCAGGACAGCUUCUACCGCGUCCUCACCUCGGAGCAGAAGGCCAGAGCUCUGAAGGGCCAGUUCAACUUCGACCACCCGGAUGCCUUUGACAACGAACUCAUCUUCAAAACACUCAAAGAAAUCAUCGAAGGGAAAACAGUCCAGAUCCCCGUGUACGACUUCGUCUCCCAUUCCCGGAAGGAGGAGACGGUGACGGUCUACCCCGCGGACGUGGUGCUCUUCGAGGGCAUCCUGGCCUUCUACUCCCAGGAGGUGCGGGACCUGUUCCACAUGAAGCUCUUCGUGGACACGGACGCUGACACCCGGCUCUCCCGCAGAGUGUUAAGGGACAUCAGCGAGAGAGGGCGGGACCUCGAGCAGAUACUGUCUCAGUACAUCACGUUCGUGAAGCCCGCCUUUGAGGAAUUCUGCUUGCCGACAAAGAAGUACGCGGACGUGAUCAUUCCUAGAGGUGCAGACAAUCUCGUGGCCAUCAACCUCAUCGUGCAGCACAUCCAGGACAUUCUGAACGGGGGGCUGGACGUGGAGGUCGUGUCUGAGGAGACGCUGGUCCCCGCCCCCCGGGAAGGCCCAGGCCAGGUGUCCCAGGCUGCGGAGCACGCAGAGGCAGGAGAGCUCUGCCCGCCUGGGCAGUGGCAGCUUUUGAUCCCCGAGACGCGGGGAUUUGCAGUGAGAUGCAUGGCUCUGGUCACCGCCGUGCCCUCGGACGCGGCCCGGUCCGCUUCGAUUCGCCUUUUCUGGACUGUUCGACUAACUCUUUGCCGUUUCGAAGUCAGGCCUGACCCCAGCAGAGCUUUGCUGGCCGCGACGUCGGGGAGCCGGGGCCGGCUCGGAGGGGCCGGGUCCUGGAUCAUCUGA